GCAACUGAUCUGUGAGAAAAGACAUUGUGGUAUUAGAGACUGGAUCAACAAUAAUCUUUUGGCUAUUGGUUUUGGGUUUUUUUUGUUUAAAUAAAACAAAAAAACAGGUGAAAAUAGUGACUUUAUGUAUGAGUAAAGGUAAGAGAUGGUGUUAGGGAUAUACACCAGAUGUAGAUAUGAGAAUAGGAGACAAUGCAAAACAUAACAGAGGACUAAAGUCAUCAAGACUAAAGUCAUCAAGAGCUCCACUGGUUUAGAGACGGAUCAGGAUAAGAGAAGAAGAAAGUCACAAGCAUCAGGUCGCUCCUAGUCUUUUGUGGAGGAGUAUCGGGUGUUUUUGACUCUACUUCCCUUGCCAGAGUGCUGACAACAGGAGAUCGUGGAGACUGAAGUGUCAUUCUGCAGUGCCACACAUGGACAAACUGAGGCACCUCCCACAGGCAGGGGGUGAUGAGUCAAAACUCUCAGACUCAGCCAUCCGACCAGAGCAUGACAGUGAGGUCAGACAGUGCAAAAGAGAACCAGGUGACUCAGUGAUCACUACAAGAGUCAGGAUGGAAGAACACUCAGAUGUCCCUUGCAAGGUGCCUCGCUUCCAGUAUUGUGACUUUCCCUCACUACAUCAGUGCAUCAAGCAGCUAUCCGUGCCACCACUGGAAGGCUGGCUAGCCUCAUGCCCGCUUGGAAAGGUGCCAGCACACCGUCCCAGCAGCCCAAAGGAGAAGGUGCCGAAGUUUAAAUAUGUGGACUACCCAUCACUGUACCACUGCAUCCAGCAGCUCUCUGUGCCUCCACUAGAGAUCUGGAGCUCGAAACUUUCAAAACCCAACCCGGGAGGGUUACAGACAGACACAGUAGGACUCCAGUGUCCCUCUCAGUUGCUUGGAGAAAGAAGGAAAAAUGAAGAGAUGCAGGAAAAUAUAGCAGCGAAACAAAGAAAGGAAAAGUGGGGGAGUGGGAGCACAGUCCGUGUCCCAAUUCCAGAGCAGGCAGUCUUGCAGUCUUGCAUGAAAGCUACACAGCCAAGCACAGCCUUAGUGAAGGAAGAGAAUUCCCAUGGAGAUUCCAGCAUGCACCAAAUACACUCUGGAUUUACCACAGAUUGUGUUUCUAGUUCUGAUUCAAGUUCUAGACAAAAAUUGGACAGAACAGCAGAAAGGAAAGAAAAAAGUCUCAGGCCGACUGUUAUCAGCCUGGUUCGUACAGAAACACUGACAGAAAGACAGAAACACAGAGUGGUACCAGAGGAGCGACCUGAUAAAUGGAAAUCUCCAUCCCAGGUGGAGCAACCAAUAGAUCUAGAGAUGGUCUUUCCCCUUGACCAGCAGAUAUUUAGAGAUCCAGUAGAGCACCAAUCUCAACAGUGCAGGUACAAAGUCAAGGGACCACACUGAUGGCCUGACAUGAAGAGGACCAUCUUUCAGACUCUUCUGAGAUACACGUUUGCGACAGAUUAGCCUCGAUCGAUCAUUUUGAUAAACUCUACAGAAUGCUUUGAACUGGCAAGGUCUUCUUCGUGAGGAUCAUCCACCAUCACUUGGUUAAUGAUGGUGUGUUAAGUCUUAGCCUUCAGGAGGUAAAAAAAAACAAAAACAAAACAAAACAAAAAAAAAACAAAAAACACACCGUUUAGAAUUUUACUUCCAAAAUGCAAAUGGCAGCUAAAAAUGAAA